AUUUGAUUCGGCAAAUACAUCAUUAUUGUAUACUCUUUCAUAUAUAUGCCGCAACCCAAUUCUUUUUUUUUCGAAAUACCUAAAAAUCACCCAAAUACUAAGAAAUUCCCCCUUGACAGUGAUAUAUAUUGUAAGUGUUAUAUGUUGUAUAUGUAAAUCCUAGAUGUGAAAAUAUGUGGAAUAUUUCUAUGAAAAGGUAAAAAAAAACAGACUAGACGUAAAUCAAUAGAAAUAAGAAGAGCCGAUCAUAUAGAAAUACUGAAUCGUAAAUAGAGUUCAGGUUCGAAUUCCAUAGAUAAUAUAGAUGGGAUUGUCUAUAAUGAUAGACAAAUGAAAGAUUUUCUCAAGAUUCUUAUUCAUCUACUUGAUAUUUUGAAAAUGGGUUGGUUGAACUUGAAAAUUCACUCAUUGAAAUUGAAUAAGUAAACAAUUAAAUUGGAUUCGGUUGGAUGGUACUAACAAAAUCAUGUGCUAACUCCCAUUUCUUAUGGAAGUGUCAUCGGACAUUUAUUUUGAAUGCGAGAAUUUUCGCAAAAAUUAGAUAUUUUUUACUUUAUUAUUAUAUUAUGAGAAUGAAUCCUACUACUUCUAGUUCUGGGGUUGCCACGCUUGACAAAAAGAACCUGGGGCGUAUCGCCCAAAUCAUUGGUCCGGUACUAGAUGUAGCCUUUCCUCUAGACAAAAUGCCUAAUAUUUAUAACGCUUUGGUAGUUAAGGGUCAAGAUACUGUUGGUCAACCAAUUAAUGUGACUUGUGAGGUACAGCAAUUAUUAGGAAACAAUCGAGUUAGAGCCGUAGCUAUGAGUGCUACAGACAGUCUAACGAGAGGAAUGGACGUAAUUGAUACGGGAGCUCCGCUAAGUGUUCCGGUCGGUGGAGCGACUCUCGGACGAAUUUUCAACGUGCUUGGGAAGCCUAUUGAUAAUUUAGGUCCUGUAGAUAAUGGCACAACAUUUCCUAUUGAUAGAUCCGCGCCUGCCUUUAUACAGUUAGAUACAAAAUUAUCUAUUUUUGAAACCGGAAUUAAAGUAGUAGAUCUUUUAGCCCCUUAUCGCCGUGGAGGAAAAAUCGGACUAUUCGGGGGAGCUGGCGUGGGUAAAACAGUACUCAUUAUGGAAUUGAUUAACAAUAUUGCCAAAGCUCACGGAGGCGUAUCUGUAUUUGGCGGAGUCGGUGAACGGUCUCGUGAAGGAAAUGAUCUUUACAUGGAAAUGAAAGAAUCUGGAGUCAUUAAUGAACAAAAUAUUGCAGAAUCAAAAGUGGCUCUAGUUUACGGUCAAAUGAACGAACCGCCGGGAGCUCGUAUGAGAGUUGGUUUGACUGCCCUAACUAUGGCGGAAUAUUUCCGAGAUGUUAAUGAACAAGAAGUUCUUUUAUUUGUUGACAAUAUCUUCCGUUUUGUCCAAGCAGGAUCUGAAGUAUCCGCCUUGUUGGGUAGAAUGCUGAACUGUAACGUUGGUCUAUCUAUAUGGGAUUUUUAG